AUGUCGCGCGCGCCAGCUGAUUGCCGACAUGCGCGAUGGCAGGACGAUAGCGCCGGCAACCGUCAGCGGCGUUUCCAGUGGCGUGUCACCGAACGACAGCACACCGAUGGCGAGCACUAUAAGCCCAGCCGCGCCAAGCAUUACAUGGGCCGCAAGCGCCAUGUCGUGUCCUGCCGGAGAGAAGAGCCAAGCUGCUCGUCGGCACGGCAAUCGCCAGCAUCACCGGUGAAAGGUCCGGCUGACUGGAAUGACGCUGCUAAGCGCGGGAAGGGCGGCAAAGAGGAGGGGCAACGCGAGACAGUGAAUGAGGCACAGCAACAAGCACCCAACGCCGUGUGUUCGAUCAGCCCCGAUGCGAGUUUCUCAACGUCCCUGCCACAAACCUCUCCAUUAUGGGAUUGGGGCAGGCCGCCCCACCCCCGUCUUCCUGUAACCUUUGAAAUGGCAUCCCGGUGGGGGGAGGCCUGCUGCCGACACCUUUGUCAGAGGCCGAACCUUAGCGGAGACCCGGAUGUCGCGACCGGCAAGCGGCGCGAAGUCCUUGAGGAGCUUGAAUGUCGGCGUGCAACUACGUCGAAGAUAUUGUUGGCGCUGAACAGGGCGAUGUCCUGCUGUUGUUGGCAAAGGGUUUGA